GCAGGGAGAAAUGUGCGGUCUUGGGUUCCCUCCCUUCAGUGCGUAGGAGUCUAGUCUGCGAAUCACUUGUGGGUUUUAAUUGGACCAGAUUCUCCAAUUAACGGGAAUCCCUGUCAGAGAAGAAACCGGCAGCCUGCCUCUCACAUCUCUUAUAAAAGCAGACACAGUGCAGGACUCAGCAGGAUCUGGACGGAGGUUCACUCUUUCAAGGUUGAAACAGAGAACACCUGUGAAGAUGACUCCAUCAGUUCUUUCUGCUCUUCUUCUGCUGGCUUGUGCUCUCCCAUUCAAUUCUGCUCAGUCAAGCUGUAGUGGGAGAUGUGGAGGAGAGUAUUACAGAGGUUACAUGUGCCAGUGUGAUUAUGACUGUCUCACUCACGAGGAGUGCUGUAAAGACUACGAAUCCCAGUGCACCACCAGUGACUCGUGUAAAGGGCGAUGUGGCAAAUCCUUUAAGAGAGGCAGGCAGUGUGACUGUGAUCCGGACUGCGCUCGCUACAGCAAGUGCUGCCCAGAUUACAAGAGCCAGUGUGGUAUUGAAGACACCAAAAAACCAGGCAGCACAACACCACUGAAGACUAGCUCAUGUAAUAACGUAAAUGAUGAAAAACCAAAAGUAUUUACCACUUCAAGCACAAAACCAGCCAGUACAACACCGAAGACUAGCUCAUGCAAUAACGUAAUUGAUAACAAACCAAAAGAGCCAGAGCCUCCCCAGAUCCAGCCAAAUGAGGAGCCAGAGAUGACUCCCAAUCCACAGGAGGAACUAAAUGAAGAUGACUUGUUCAUGCCAUUGGUCACUCCAGAACCAGAACUCCAGGAUGAACAGGGAGAUGAUAUAAAGGGUGAGACCUGGCCAGAUCUCCCUGUUCCCUCUCCUGAGGCUGAGCAAGAGGCCAUUUUAGAGGGGGACUACACACCCUUCCCUGAGGAAUUGGAUCCAGAGGCAACACCAGGCCAAGAGUGGACCCCACCAGCAGAGGCCAACCUCAACCCCUACCUUGCCGAACCAGCCAAGGUGGCUCCCACUGAGACAGCAGACUCCAGUGUUCCUGAGGGACAGCCUGAUUCCAGCAGCAGCCCGUCUGCAUUAGACACAACUCCCCCUGGAUCCUUCUCUGAGCCCACCUCUGCCUCCGACCAGGUCUUCCCGAGCUCAGAGCCCCAGCCUGGGCCUACUCCUGCAGAGGACACCCUUGAACUCCUAUCUGAAGGACAGAGUGAAUUGGACCCUGAGGGUCAGGAGGCAGAAUCUGAGAACACACUGCCAAAGGACUCUGAACCCACACCCUCAAACCUAGAGAAUGCUGCCACCACACCAGCCUCCGACCCAACCUCUACCGGCCCCACACAGGGUACAGAGGAUCCUGAGGCUACCCCUGCAUCUCUAGACAGCACCACCCCCCCCACCAAGCCUGACCAGACACCCAGUGCCACUAAAGGAGAUAACCCAAGCUCAGAGCAGGACAGCUCCAAGGAGAAUGCCCCAACAACCACCCCUUUAGACCCACAGGAUCCCAAUGGGGCCUCUGAGGCACCAGCAUCUGAGAGUGGUCCCGAAGCUAAACCUGGCAGAGGGGACACCCCAGAUAGUUUUGAUGACAGCAGUGUCCCCCAGACUGGAGAUCUGGCAAUGCCUCCCACCUCAGAUCCUCAGGCCACAUCAACAGACCCAACGGAACAUGAAGAGAAAGGAGACAAGGCCGCACCAGAGGAGACCACUACCGACCCCAUGAAGCUCACUCUCGUCCUCACCAUCAAACCCACCCCCAACAAAACCACGGAGAAACCCAAGCCCAGCAAACCCACAGGGAAACCCAAGCCCAGUCCUACACGGCCCAGCACCCUCACUGAUAUCAACCAAGAUCUGGGCACAGACAACCCCAGGGACUACCAAGCAGAUGAACACAAUGACACCAACAUCUGCAGCGGUCGUCCCGUCGGCGCGGUGACUACGCUGAGGAAUGGGACCGUGGUGGUUUUCAGAGGACACUAUUUCUGGGUGUUGGACAGCAAUAGGGUGCCAGGACCUGCCCGUGGGAUCACAGACGUGUGGGGUGUCCCUUCUCCCAUCGACACAGUCUUCACCCGCUGCAACUGCCAGGGCAAGACAUACUUCUUCAAGGGUUCUAACUACUGGAGGUUCGAGAAUGGCAUGAUGGAGCCCGGCUACCCCAAGCUGAUCAGGGUGGGCUUCGAUGGGCUGCAAGGACAGAUCACGGCUGCCCUGUCUGUGCCGGAGUACCGCAAGAGGAGAGAGUCUGUCUACUUCUUCAAGAGAGGAGGCUUGGUGCAGAAGUAUUCCUACCAGUCUGGCAUCAGCCCUACAUGCGGCAGGAAGGUCCACUACUCUGUUCAUACCGUACGCAACCGUGUUGCCAGGCAAGCAGUGCCUCUGCUGGGAAAGGAGAUCAACAUCCGUCUGACCUGGAGAGGCUUCCCGUCCACCGUGACCUCCGCCGUGUCCAUCCCCACCCACAGGAAACCAGAGGGAUACAACUACUACCUCUUCUCACGCUCCAAAUACUACAACGUCAAUAUGGGAGAUGAGCGACCUUUCAUAGCUACUCCCCCGGUGAGCUCCGCUCCCCAGAAGAACUCAGCCAAAGACUUUUUCAACUGUCCAAAGGAAGUUUGAGGAGAAACAGCAGGGACAUUCAAAAACAGAUUCACUGACACACCAUUUUCCUAAUGGAUCUCAAACUUUAUUAGCAUCAUUAUUCAUAAAAACAAUACCACAAUGUUUAAGCAAGGACUCCACGUAACAAAUCAAAAAAAAAAUAUAUAUAUUAUUCAUCAUAACAAUGAAAUGAUCAGUGAUCAUCAUAACUACAGCUGAUUCUAAAGCACGAUACAUAAUUUAGAUUUAUGGUAACCGCGGGUGUUCUCUUUGGAACCAUGGUGACCAGUCUUGUAGCGGGAAUCAUGUCUUGUGGAGAUGGAAAUCAUGUUGGGGCAGGAGCUCUGAUCGGUUGUUUAUCGGGCAAAUCUCCUCCCAGUCCCAGUUACACCCCGUGAUGGCAACGUCCCUAGUUCCCAUCAAACGAGACAUAAUGAUAUAAGACAAAGGUCUGCUUUACCAAUGUAAAAACAAGUCAUUCUGAUUCUGUACAGCGCCUGUAUAAUGUAAAGACGAUGCUAAUGUAACAAAUCAUUUUAGAUUAAACGUUUCUCUUCUGUAUUUAAUGGACUAUUAAAAUCGAUUUAACAUCAACAAUGAA